AUGAACUACUUCUGCCAGCCUGGUGUGGAAGUGUUUAUAAACAUUUCACAUGCAAAAAGGGUAGCCAAUAAUAAGAAGCCUCAUUUACAUGUAGCAGUUUUAAAGCUCGGACCAAAUGGAUAUUACUUCGCCAUUGACCCCAACGGCUACGUGCUGCUUCAUCCCAACCUUCAACCAAAGGAUCUCAAGCCUCAGGAACCCAUGACAUUGGACUUCUUGGAUGCAGAACUAGAGGAUGAAGAGAAAGUGGAGAUCAGAAGAAGUAUGAUAGAUGGUCAGGAGGAUCAAAAGAGAGUCCGAACACUUUUGAAGUCUCAAGAUGAGCGCUACAUAGACAGAGGCAUCAGAACCUACACUUGGGGUCCAGUCCAUGACACAGACUACAGUCUUGCUUUAGUUCUACCUGAUUACAGUGUCAGCUACAUCAAGGCCACUAUACUAGACACCAUCACUCAGGCCAAAUCUUGGAAACUCUCCGAAAAUUCCGAAGAAACUGUUUCUGAAAGCCUGCAGGUGGACAAAUUUGAAGAGUAUGGAUAUACUUUAAUAGCACCCAGAGAUUACUGCACAGACCUGAAAGCUCAGAGUAACAACAUCACACAAUUUCUCAUCGACUUCAAUGAAUACAUAGACAGAAAGACCCCCAACAACCCGCUGUGUAAUAUGGAGCUAAUAAACAGACUGCUGCUGGACGCUGGCAUCACCGCUGAACUGGCCAAAUACUGGAGCGAACAGGGACUGAAUGAGAGAAUCAAGGCUAAGUUUGUGGCGACAGAUGGCGGUGUCACUAGAGUCUAUCCUGCGAGUGCUGGUUCAGAAUGGACUGAGCAGGCAGAAAUAUACAAGUCUAGUUUCUACAAGAGAAGUCUGGACAACGAUGUUUAUAUAUUUACAUCAGCACCAAAUGCAAACAAUGAAACUCAAGAUUCAGUUUUAGUGAGCAGAGCGAUGGACCUGCGAGUUGAUGAAUUCAUGCUGAAGCCAGCAGUGGUUGGAGUAAAACUGGAUGUACCGACUUGGAUGGAAAGCUUCAUCAAUGCUACGAUUACACCCAAUUGUGUUGGUGAAAUCUGUGGGUGCAGGAGGAGCGAUGUCAAUCUGGACUGCUUUCUUCUGGACGAUGGAGGCUUCCUUGUCAUGACCAAUAAGGAACUCUCUAUGAUCGGACAGUUUUUCGGUAUGAUUGACCCCACCCUAAUGAGAAAUCUGAUAAAUGAAUCCCUGUUCUCAGUCAACAUAACCUACAACUACCAGGCCCUCUGUGAACCCACCAUAGAAUCUAAAGCUGCCGCUGGUCUCAGAUCAGUCUACGUGUGUUUUGGCAAAGUUAUCACCUGUAAAUAA